GGAAAUCCUGGUAAAAGAAAAAGUGAAUGAAACCGAAUCCGAUAGACUUGUAAUUCGUAUUAAUCGUUAUUCGUUUCUUGGGUCGUCUUCUUCCUUCCACAGAUUCCGUCUGUUUCUUCUCUCCAAUCAAAAUUAGGGUUCUCAAUGGCACAAGCUAUGGAUGUUGGAGAUGAAGUGAGGGAAGGCAAUAUUCAGUCUCUUAUCAUGGAUUCCCUAGAGUCUAUUAAAAAAGGCGAGGUACUUUCUCCGGAAGACAAUGCUUGGGUUGAUUCGUGCCUGAUUAAUGAAUUUGAUGUUUUUGAUGACAACUGGGAUUCUCUGAAAGGUGCCUUACAAGAAAUCCUUAAUUCCCAGCCGCCCGAAUCACUCAGCUCUUCUGCACUUGUAACUGAUGGUUUACCCGGGGGAACCGACAUUGAGAUACUUCCUUCUCGUGAGAGGGCAGAAACAGAACAACUCCGAAGAAGAAUCCGAAAUGCUGUUCUUGGUAUUGGUGAAGAAGCAGAAAGAAGUGGUGAAGAUGAUGAUGGUGACAUGCCAACUGAUGAGGAUACGAAUAAUUUGCAGUCAUCAACUUUUACGGGAAAUCCUUUUUUGCCAGGUUACAAAGAUGACCCGAGAAUGACCGAAAACCCUGAGUUAGGAGCCGAUAUCAGCUCCUCAUUAUCUGAGAUGGAGCCUUCAACUAAGGAUAUUUUCAGGGUUUGGGAUUUGGAUGUUCCUGCGGAGGAAGACGACCUGGUAAAGCAGUUGAACAAGGCCCUCGAAGAAAGUUUGCCUCAAUCGGUCCCAUCAACUUUUGAUGAUUCUGAUGUAUGGAAAAGUAUGAAAGUAGAUUCGGUUGAUGAUCUAGUUUCUGGGAUUGUAGAUCUAUCUUUGGAUCUAAACUCUAGUUAAACAUCUUAUGUAUAUUAGGAUUUCGUUAUUCGUCGUGGUGUUAAUAAUCGACUUCCCGUUGUUUC